AUGUCUUCCGUCUGGAAUAGACCGUCUUCAUGGGACGUCAGCUGGGAUAAUGGAGACUCCCUCGGCGUGGAAAAGGGUGAUUUUGAUGGGUGGGAUAACACUGUCCAAGGCAUGCCAUGUACCGGCAACAACGAGAGCAUGGAUACUCGCUCUUCUGGGCAUGAUGCUCAGCAUACUACAACCCCGGAUGAGAGCGGAGACUUCGCUUGCCGCGUCUGCGGUGAGACUGGUCACUUCGCGCGCCAAUGCCCAAAUCUCCAAACCCAAGCUUGCUACAACUGCGGCGAAGAGGGUCAUACCAAGGCAGACUGUCCUAACCGUCGGAAGGUCCAGUCAUGCUUCAACUGUGGUGAUGAAGGACAUUCCAAGGCAGAUUGCCCGAACCCGCACAAGCCUAUGGGCGAGUGCUACAACUGUGGCCAGGAAGGACAUUCCAAGGCAGAUUGCCCGAACCCACGCAAGCCCAUGGGAGCAUGCUUCAACUGCGGUCAGGAUGGUCACUCCAAGGCUGACUGCCCGAACCCUUCUGUCUUCAAAGGUGCUUGCCGCAUCUGUUCGCAGGAGGGUCAUCCGGCUUCUGCUUGCCCUGAGAGGCCAGUGGAUAUCUGCAAGAAUUGUCGGGGCGAAGGCCACAUCGCUAGAGAUUGCAAGGAGAAUCGCAAAUUCGACCUGAACCACGUUGCGGACCGGCUUCCCGAGGAGGCUUGGGGCAUGAUGAAGAAAGCGAGUGAUGAAAAGGAUAUCGUCGACUUCCGCGAGGCUGUUCAAGUCUACUCCAAGGCUGUUCCGGAUGCUACCUAUGCAGAGAUCGAAAAGAAAAUGCGCGGAGAGACUUUCAAGGUCUUUCUCAUUGCUCUGGAGAAGGAGCGUGAGGAUGUCCUUAGCCUGAUCGAUCUUCAGGGCCAGCUAGACCGCGAGUAUCUUGUCGGCUUCUUCUUCUCCGACAAACCCAUGCGUGCAAACCAAGAGCAGCGCUGGCCUCGGGACAGCGAUGAAAAUCUUGAGCGCCUGGCCAAUGCUGGGCUGCCUUACGAUCGUCAGGUCACCAAGUGCUGGAACUGUGGGGAGAUGGGACACAGUGCACGUGCUUGCAAGCAGGACCGUGCCGAGGUUGAGAAGACUGAGAUAAAGUGCAACAACUGUGAGAGCAUAGGCCACCGCGUCCGCGACUGCAAAGAAAAGCGACGCAGCAAGUACGGCUGCCGUAACUGCGGCGUUGAAGGACACGAGGCUCGUGACUGCCCAGAAUCGCCAGCUGCAACCGACAUCGAAUGCCGUCGAUGCAAUGAAGUUGGUCACUUUGCGAAGGACUGCCCAAACCAGCCUGAAAGAGUCCCGCGCACCUGCCGCAACUGUGGGUCGGAGGAUCACCUUGCUCGUGAAUGUGACCAGCCCCGCAACCCUGAUAUGAUGAUAUGCCGCAACUGCGAGAAGUCGGGACAUGCGGCCCGGGAUUGCCCUGAGCCCAAGGACUGGUCGAAGGUGAAGUGCAACCAGUGCGGCGAGAUGGGCCACACCGUGCGGCGCUGCCCCCAGCCCGAAGCUCUCAAUGUGCCGGAAGAGAAUGAAGCUAUCGGUGAUGGUGGUGACGAGCCCGAUUAUGGCCGGGGUCGGUCUGGCCAGGCCGAUUAUGACCAUGGUGGUGAGGUCGAGAAUGUGCGGCAGCAAAUGGAAGAUGUGGCCUGGUGA